UGAUUUCAGUGGCGGAAAGAAAGCUGGAACAAGUAGGAGCUGGACAAAGCCUGGUAAGUUUAGUCUAGUUUAAUGUCACAUGUACCGAGGUGCAAUGAAAAGCUUUUGUUGCGUGCUAACCAGUCAGCGAAAAAACAAUACAUGGUUACAAUCAAGCCAGUCACAGUGUACAAAUACAUGGUAAAGGGAAUAACAUGAAUAAUGUUAUGUGCAAGUCCAGUAAAGUCCGAUCAAAGAGUCUGAGGGUCUCUAAUGAGGUAGAUGGUAGCUCAGACCUCUGUGAAUGCAGGUGAGGAGGGGGGUUGAUUAGCAGAUGGGUGGGCAAAGUCCAGUUAGGGCCAUUUCCAAAAGCAUAAGAUAUCAUUAAAAAAAAUAAACACAGUAAUCGGGCAUCAGUGGCAAGGACAGCAACAUUGCCUUUCACUAGCGGUAGUUGGCCUGUUUCCGUGCUGUAAUUGUUAUAUGGUUAUAUUAUGAACGGGAAAAGAAUGGAGGGUUAUGGUCUGUGCAGGUAGAUGGGACUAGAGGUAAAUAAGUGUUUGGCACGGAUUUGAAGGGCCGAGAUGGCCUGUUUCCGUGCUGUAAUUGUUAUAUGGUUAUAUUGCCCAUCCCUUGAGAAGUGUCAGUGAGCUAUCUUUUUGAGUAACCAGAGUUCUUCUGCUGAAGGUAUUACAACAGUGCUUAGGUUAGUACAUUCCAGACCUUGAAAUUGAUGACAAUGAAGGAAUAGCAAUAUACUUCCAAGUCAAAACAAUAUGUAACUUGAAGGGGAACCUCCAGGCUGAUCUUCUACUGCCUUUUCUGUUAUAUAAUUAUGGGUAGACCAAGUCUCCAGGUUUGAUUUUUGAUCAUGUUUUUAAAAUAUGGCAGUGGGUAAAAUGACAUAAGAAUUGGUUACAAUGCCACUUCAAUAGAGUAGGAUGAAAAUCUGUUAAAUUCUCAUUCAAGCACAAAUUUAGAUUGUAAUGCUCCUACCAGGGGCUCAUUGGUAUUGCCUUAAAUAAGACCAACAUAAAACAUUUUACGCACGUAAAAUAUAAUAAAACUGAACGAGUCACCAUAAGGGACAACAUUUUGGAUGCUUAAGAAAGGAAGGAAAUUCUCAAAUCCUAAAUGUUACCCUUUUUCUGAAAUGACUGUUUAAGGAGUUGAAGAAUCCCUUCACAUUGCAAUGAACUCACAAUAGUUUAUUUCUCCACUGCCUUACGAUUGUUACCCAAACAAUGGAUUAAUUUUCCACACAAUAAUUUCGGAUUUACUACUUGGCUCUAGACUUUAUCCCGCGGAAGUGGAAGAAACACUUUAAUCCUCAGACCUGAUCCAGCGCUCACGGUUGACAGCAGACACAGUCUGCCGGCGUCUGCGCUGCGUAUGCCCUGGCCAGCCAGCCAUGUUUGGAGUCCAUGCAUCAGUGUAACCCCUGUUUAAUUGAUACCUGCGGACUACAGGGCCCAGUGUACUUUUGUGGAGGCGUGAGCCCGCAAACUUGCACUGUGAGAUACCGUAAUGAGAAUCUUUACAUAACAACGAGGCCAGCCGUGUAUUUAAUGCCGCGUUCACCGAUAAUACACAUCAUCUAUGCAGGGAAAAGUUGCACCGUUUUAUUUUCCUCAACUAUUUUGCUGAAUUUAAUUUCAAUUAGCGAGUUUGAAAGAUGGCUUCCAAAAUAUUACGAGCUGCCAUCCUGGGCGCGCCAGGCUCCGGGAAAGGAACUAUUUCUGAGAGAAUAACGAAAUGCUUUGGUCUGAAACACUUGUCGAGUGGUGAUUUCCUGCGAUCCAGUGUAAGAUCGGACCCUGAAAUUGAGCUCCUGGCAAAACGCUAUCUGGAAAGAGGGUAUUUGGUUCCGGAUCAUGUAACAACUCACUUGAUGCUGGAAAAGCUUAAGUCAAUGGGAAAACAGAGCUGGUUACUGGAUGGUUUCCCUCAUACGCUAGCUCAGGCAGAGGCACUUAACGGCAUCUAUCAGCUUGAUCUUGUCAUUCACUUGAAUGUCCCAUUUGAAACAUUGAAGGAGAGACUUCGCGCGAGAUGGGUUCAUCUGUCCAGCGGAAGAGUAUACAAUAUGACAUUCAAUCCUCCACUUUUGCGUGGUAUUGAUGAUAUCACUGGCGAUAUUUUAAUCCAGCGUGACGAUGAUAAACUGGAAGUGGUUGCAUUUAGACUGCGUCAAUACAAAGAUAUUACAAAGCCAGUUAUCGAUUUGUACAGAACCAAGGGAAUUCUGCACACAUUUUCUGGGACAGAAACAGACAAGAUUUGGCCGUACAUUCAUUCACUACUAAGUGCCAGGAUUCCAGCACUUAACAUCGAAGCACCAAUCGGACAAAGCUGAGCCAAUUUACAUGGACGAUAUCCGGGCUCAAAGAAAUUCUAGUGUUUUUUUUCCUUGAACCUAAAGCGUUUUAUUUAAUUUGAUUCAAGAUAACAUUUUUUUUCCUUCUAAAUGUAAGCAUGUGCCAUUAUUGUUAAGGGUUUCUAAUCUCUAGAAGCCUCUAAAUACCAUUCUGCCCCAAUGUUAUUGAAACAAAAUGGAGACAGUGAAAUGUUUUCAAAUAUCAUUCCAGGUAGCCUUUGAACUGGUUAGCAUAUCAGGAGUCAUUUAUUUUAUAUAGCUGUGUUCCAGCCAAUUUCACAAUAUAAAAUAUCUGGGUUAGCACAGAAUAACGUCAUUUUGUAUUAUUUAAUUGGGAUUUCUACAAAUACUUUUUUGGGUAUUACAUAUGCUUAUCUUUUUGUAAUGCAGUGUUCUAAGCAUAGCAGACCAUCAAGGCUAAAGCAUAAUUGUAUAUAUUUUUCUAUCUAGAAUCGUAUGCAAGAUACAUUUAAAAUGAAACUAAUGCUGUGCUUCAUCAAGGCGAUGGCUAUGAAAGUAGGGGAGUUUCCCAUUUCUGUACUCUAAGGUCAGUUAGAUAUAGAAUAAAACUCGCUGUGACCCAAACAGUGUGAGUUAAUCGCAAGAAUAUUCUGUUCUUCCUUUUAAAUUUUCACUUUUUCCAUUUGACCAAUCUACACACUCUCUGAAUUUACAUACAAGAUAGGAACUAUAUCUCUUUCAUUGCCCAUAUUAAAAUUAGUCGGCCCUCAACCCACCCUCUUAGUAUUUGCAUUUAUUGUUUUAGUGGAGCCGAUUGUUGGGAGAGAAAGACAGCAGUGACUGAUAUUCCGUCACCUAUUUACCACCAAGAACAAAGACAGACCAUGCUGAUAUUGUGGCAGAUUCACGAUGAACGGAAAGCUAAGUAAGAUAAAUUGUAACCUAUUUAAUUUUAAUACCUACAAUUUGUGAGGAAAAGAGAUCAUAAGGUCAUAAGUGAUAGGAGUAGAAUUAGGCCAUUCGGCCCAUCAAGUCAACUCCGUCAUUCAAUCAUGGGUGAUCUAUCUGUCCUAACCCCAUUCUCCUGCCUUCCCACAGCCUCUGACACCCGUACUAAUCAUGAAUCUAUCUAUUCACUGCCGUAAAAAUAUCCGUUGAUGGCCUCCACAGCUUUCUGUGGCAAAGAAUUACACAAAUUCACCACCCUCUGAUGAAAGAUAUUCCACUAUCUAUCUGACCAAUGCUUGGAGCUUUGGUAUGCAGGCAUUUUAACACAGAAAUGAUUAUUCUUUUGUAGUCAGUCUGCAUCAUAUUUCAUCUGAAUGGUGCCUUUGCCGAAUAGAUGGAUGUGAUAUACGGUAAAUAUUUGUCAACCUGAGAACAAAUGUCCCAUUUCCUAAAUGUUUCUUCAGUUAAAAAAAAAAUAUCUCAAAGGUGUUAACUCAAGUUGUACAGAUUCACAGACUACUUCUUCAAUCCUGGGUAAAUGUUCGAGUGAACAGCAUUCAUUACAAUGAUAUUACAAUCAUUACGAUGGCUUAAUUACAAGGCUCGGAUAAUGGAUAUAGGCAGGUUAUUCACACAGGCAAGGUGGCUCUGCUAGAUUAAUUUCUGUCCCCACCUAAUCACUGCCAAUAACCCUAUGCUAUCAGAGGUCAUUGAAUAGGGAUUAAGAUUACAACCAUCAGGGGAGGUUGUUAUUUUUUGCACUCCUUUUUUUGCUGCCUUGACCCUGGAUGGACUAGGCACCAAAAGCAGUCGCAUCUCACGUGGAUUAAUGAGCGUAGAGAAAAUAAGCAGGUCACAACUGGUCGCUAAGCGGCAAGGGAGGCUGCCUGGAAGAUGACCCUGAGGUGUGCCUACUCUCUGCUGUAUCGAUGAACACAGAGAUGUCGCUGAAGUCUAUAAAAUCUUGCCUUUUUGUUUAGUCAAUAUUCUCUCAACAUUUCCCUUCCAUUCCGUUAUGAAAGCAUUGGUACCUGAUUAACAUAUUGUUUUACUGGCACCAAAGACAUCCGGCACUUUGCCCAAGUAAAGGUUUUUCAAGACUGUGAACAGCAUUGAAGUUUGACAAGCUAUUCAGUUAUAAAUGAGCUCCACAAUCAAUUUUAACCUUCUGCACAUCCAUGUCACCAGGCAAGGAUGAUUUGGAAGUACAGAAACAAAGAUUUUCAAUAGUUUGAUUUCUUCUGUGGUGGUGGCCCUAUAACUUAUGGAUACACUAGAACCUGCACUGAUUAGUGAUUGACAUUGGGAUCUUAUUGGAUAAAUUGGAAAUAAAUUGCUUUUCUACUGUUCCACAUUCAGGUGGUUACAAAUCAAUAACCUACCACACCGUUUGUAGCCAGCCUGCAGUGGAUUUGGAAACAUCUGGUAAGGCAGUGUGAAAGAUACCUCUUCUAGAUGCACUGGGAUGCAUCCUCAAUGAUGUGACCUGGGGUCAUCGGGUGUUUCGGGUCUCACAACAUUGGACACCGUCUCCCAGGCGGCCCAGCCGGGGUUGAUCAGGCCCCGACUUGUGUCCCAGCAGCAACCGCCCACGGAUCAGCCCUCUUAACCCAAAUCCACCUUGUGGCUUUCUUUGCAGCGUCGCUUGCGGAUUGACUUCUUUGCCAGCCCCGUACUGCCCGACUGGUUGAGGACUUUGCAGAGUGAGCGUCCUGCAAAGCCUCUACAGCCCACCUCUAUGGGCUCAUAUUAUGUCUUCCAGCUGCUGUCCUGGAACAUCUCCACCAGUUCCUGGUACUUUGCGCAUUUCCUCUCGUUAGCCUCUUCAAUACGCUCUUCCCAGGGCACUGUCAGCUCCAGAAUGAUCGGCUGUUUUGUCACUUCGGAGGUGAUGAUCAUGUCUGGCCGGAGUGAUGUUGCUGUGGAAAAUUUCAGCUGUUUGCCCAG